AUGGCCAUUGAGAUCGAGACUUUCGAAGUCCCCGGGGCGCGGACUUACUUCGGCAACACUUUACCUUAUGGCCUCCAAGUGAAGCAGACAGGAACUGCCACCCCUGCCGUCGAAGAUACAGCUGCGGCUCUACGAAAGCUAGGGGAAUCAGGCAAACUUCAAGAGCUUCUGGAACGCCACGGUGCAGUUCUAGUUCGCGGGACGGGCCACCCGUCCGCAGACACGUUCGCCAAGCUCGUUGGUGCCGCUGAGGAAGGUCGCGGUUCUCAUCCCCAUGUGCAGAUCGGCUUGGCUGGAAAGAGAACACCCUUGGCGGAGAAUGUAUGGACUGCGAACGAAGGCUCGCCGUUGACGCGGUUUUAUCAACAUAACGAGGCGUAUGCCGUACAGUACUCGAGAUACACGCGCUUCCCUUCUAAUAUCCACUUCUACUGCGUCAAAAAGGCACCAAAAGGUGGCGCAACGCCCAUCGCCAACAGCGCCAAUGUCUUCGAAAAGGUCCAAGCUGAGAUUCCCGAGCUUGUAGAGCAAGUGCACAAGCGUGGAUUGGGCAUGAAGAUGGUCUUUCGCGCACCUGGAAACGAAGCUAAGGUCAACUCAUUCAACUGGGCGGGGGAGCACAGCUUCGGGCAGGAGUUGGUCCCCGGCGACGACGAAGCUACGACGCGCCAAAAGGUCGAAAAGCAAGUGCGCAAAUUGACAGAUGACUUCAAUUGGCAAGAGGAUGGAACUCUUGAGUUGACUCAGCACAUUCCAGACCUGUCUGGUUCAAUGGACUUGUAG